UAUACACACUCAACCAAUUGUUUAAAUGAAAGCAAUGUCUUUUCUCCAAAUUUCAGGAUGAUUAAUCGAAUGUUGCUAACAUUCUCCAGAACUGAACAAAGAAAUUUAAGGAAGAAUUCAGGACCCUUUAAGGCUUAUAAAUAUGAAUUCGGCUAUUCAGCUAUACAAUGGAGACUUAACGUUAAUCUCCAAACCAUUACCAAAACUUGUUCAUCCAAGUGAUGUUGUUGUUAAAGUAUCCUAUUGUGGUGUUUCCAAAACUGACUUAAGAAUUAUUGAUGGCCAUCUACCUUCUCCAAGACGAUUAAUACAAGGACAUGAGAUAUCAGGAUUUGUGUCUGAAGUUGGUAAAAGUGUAAAACAUUUAAAGAUUGGUGAUCGUGUUUGUGUCAAUCCAUACAACUAUUGCACCCUGUGUCAUUACUGCUGUCAUGGACAACCACAGUUCUGUGUAAACGAUGGCAUGAAGACAGCACUAGGAUACAUGAAAGAUGGUGGAUGGCAGCAAUACUGUAUUGUAUCAAGUAAACUUUGUCAUCUGUUACCAACUGCAAUGCCUAUAAAGAUAUCUGUUCUUUGUCAACCAUAUUCCAGUAUACUUCAAGGUUGGGAUAAUAUAGGGAAAAUCGAGCAAGACUCAAAAAUUCUAGUUUCUGGUGCAGACCUUGAUGGUUUGUUAUGGUUAUGUUUAUUUCAUUUUCGCGGACAUCGAAAUGUGACGGUAACCCAAGUUUCCGAAAACCAAAAGAGUAUAAUAUCAAACUUAAACCUUGGAUUCUCAAUUUGUUCUAUGGAUAGUAUUUUGAAUGAAAGUGUGAAAAAUGCUGGCAAUGCAGUAUGGGGUUAUGACGUCAUCGUCGAUUGUACUGGUAACAAAAAAACCAUUGAAAGCCAAUUCAAGUGGUUGCGUAAGGGCGCCACAUUUGUUUUGUAUGGUAUUUCAAACAAAUCCAGUGAAAUCUCUAUCGAUGCGUCUCAAAUCUACCAGAAAGGGAUCAAAAUUGUCAGUUCUCAUUUGAGUCGGUUCUCUUUCACGCACACGAUUCACCUGGUACAUAACAUGUCUAAUCGAUACCUGGAUUUUAAAAGUCUCAAUGUGGGUGUGUAUAACUUGCAGGAUUACGAGGCUGCAAUCAAUUCACUCCGAAAAGGUUUAAUAUCAAAAGCUGUGUUUGAACUGUGAGGGAUUUGUUACGGUUAGUGUGACCAAGUAUUGUGUUUACGCACCAAACUUGGAAGGGAAAAAAUACCUUAUUUGUACUAGCUUUCGCUUCCAUUAAUUUAUGCGUGUUCGCGCAAAAAAAGGUUGCUAUUGCUCGAAAUUUUGUACACAAAAUAUACGCAAAACCUUUAAUACCAAUAUUAUUACGCGCGAAAUUAUAGUGCUAUUAGUUUACAUCAAAGAAACGCAACUUAUUUUGUCUAAAGUCCAGAAUGUUUCUUUCUUAUUUACUGUGGAAGUCUAAAUUUACGUAUUUAUACGCGAAAUAAUUUUUUUUGGGGCGCGAACAUUAAUAUACAUAUGACAUAUCUUUUCUAUAAAAAUAGAUUUUACCAUUACGUGUGUAUAUUUUAAUUUUAAAUUUUAGUUUUAAGUAAAUUAUAUUUAUUAUAUUUAUAUAUUUAUUUAUAUUAUUGUAUCUAUUUAUUUAUUUGCAUGUUUCUAAUAUUCAGUUUAAAAAUUAUUUUUAAUUUAAUUUUUUUCCACACACAUUGUAAAGUACAUUUUAAAAUAUCGGCUAUGGACCGUGAAUAACUUUUGUAUUUAGCCAUGCAGUAUUGUUUGUACAGAUUUUAGUUAAAUAAAGAGCGCAAAUAUUUGUUUUAAUAGUUGAGGCAAAGAGAGGUCAUUUUUUA